GCUCAUCGUCACUGAAAUAGAGAUGCGCAGAAGCCAUAGCAAACAAGCAGCGUUGCUUUUGUGUCGACCACCUUAGUUUGAACCCACUUGCGUUUAACCCUGUUCUGCUCCUGAGAAUAUGCAUAUUGCACUGUAACUGGCAUUCGCGGGCUGCACCACCAGUAUCUGAGCUGUUACAACGCGAUGCCUUGAGAUUCCGCACCAAGCAACGAGCUUCCAGUCGCUUGAGCAAGUAUGGCAUAUAUGAAUCAACCGCAGCCGCAGCCUCCAUAUCCAUGCUGUGACACCUGUGGAGUGGAGGCCCGCUGCAUGCAGACUCGCUCCGAGUCGAGCCCGAACCUCGGCAGGUGGUUCUUCAAAUGUCCUGACGGACACAAGAACCGAUUCUUCUGGGCAGAUGAGUGGCGCCGCCCGGCGCACCCUGGCCCCGCCGGCCACCAGCAGCACGCGGCUCCGCAGCACGGCGGCCUGCCUCAGCCCCCGCCGCCCCCUCAGCACGGCUACGACACCCACGGCAGCCCGCGCUUCGGCACUGCAGCAUCCCAGCAGGACGUCCCCUUCCAUGCGGGACAGCCCGGGCACCAGCAGCCGCUGCCGUACCCCCAGACGCCGCAGCAGCCACGCCCGGCGCCGCCGCAGAUGCAGUCGCCGCCCGCCGCUGCGGGCCAGGCGGGUGGAGGGCCGUACGCGACCCCGCAGGCCCCGACCGGGGUCGGCGGGGGCAUGCUGGUGCAGGUCCAGGUGCUGGAGAUCGCGCCCGGGGACCUCGGCCUCAAGACGCCCGUGUACCAUGAGCCCUUUCGCGACGUCAUCAUGCAGCUACCCUGGCCCGAGUCGGGUCGGCACUGGGACAAGGGCGUGGGCGUGUGGCGCAUCCGGUCGGGGUGCUACCUAGAGGCCCGUGACCUACUGACCCGCAACGGCUACCGAGUGCAGGACGCACCGCCGCGGGUGCUCGACAUUCUGGUGAAACGGACGUCGGCUUGGAGCCCACGAACGACGUACAAGCAAGCAGAAGAGUGGGUGCUCCCCAAGGUGGACCCGGAGCUGUGGGGGCGGCUGUUCGCGUACCAGCGGGAGGGCGUGCUGGCAGGCGUGCGCUUUGGGGGCCGCGUGCUGUAUGCGGAUGAGAUGGGGCUGGGCAAGACCGUGCAGGCCCUGACGCUCAUGUCCUGCUACACGGAGGACUGGCCGCUGCUGAUCAUCUGCCCCACGUCACUACGCUUCGCCUGGGUUGCGGCGGUGCAGCAGUGGCUGCCGCCGCACCUGCAGCCCGCGCCGGCGGACCUGUGGCAGGUGGGCGCAGUCACGGACUGGGACCGGCUGGCGGCGGCGGCGGGCAUUGAGCCUGGCUCGGAUCACGAGGAGUACCCGCGGGGAGGCGGCAGGGCUGGUGGGGGCGGGCGGUUGCGGCCGCACAUUGCGGUUGUGAGCUACGACCUGGCCACCAAGAUAGCGCCGCAGCACGCCAGCAGGUACCGCGCCAUCAUCUGCGACGAGUGCCACGCGCUCAAGAAUCGGACCACGCAGCGCGCGCAGAAGAUCGGGCCGCUGGUGCGCGCCGCGGACCGUGCAGUGCUGUGCACCGGCACCGCCAUCCUCAACCGCCCCAUCGAGCUGUUCACGCAGGUGGACAUGCUAAAGCCCGGCCUGCUGGGCUCCUACACCGAGUACGGCGACCGCUACUGCGUCAACACAGCCAACACCUUCUACCAACAACAACAACAACAACACCAGACUCCCAACAGCCCCGGAGCCGGAGGCCGCGGCAGUAGCGGAGGCCGCGGCUACGGCGGAGGACGCGGCGGCGGCUACAGCCCGGCUGGGGGCUUCCCGGGCCAGGAGUACACGGGCGCCAAUGCGCUGGGGGAGCUGAAGGCGGUGCUGGGCGAGUGUGUCAUGGUGCGGCGGCGAAAGGACGAGGUGCUGGGGGACCUGCCGCCCAAGAUACGCUCCAAGGUGCCGCUGCAGCCGUGUGAGGACGACCUGCGGCGUGUGGCCGCCGACCUGCGGGAGCUCAAGAGGGUGCUGGCAGCGGCGGCGGCGGGGCACAUGAGCGGCCACGAGGCGCUGAGCGCGAGGCAGCAGGCCUGGAGUGCCGCCUACCGCGCCACGGGCCCCGCCAAGCUGACGGAGGCCAAGGCCUUCCUCACGCGGCUGCUGGAGCGGGACGCCGACGACGCCACCGCCACACAGGCCGCCGCCGCUGCAGCCGCCGCAGGAGGUGGUGGUGGUGGUGCUGCUGGCGGAGGUGGUGGUGACGAGGCGGGUGGUGGUGGUGGUGUGAGUGGGCCCUGCAAGGUGCUGGUGUUCGCGCACCACCAGGAGGUGCUGAACGGCCUGCAGGAGCACCUUAAGCAGCUCAAGGUGAUGCACAUGCGCAUCGACGGCUCCACUCCCGCCCACGAGCGCGACAAGGCGGUGGCGGCCUUCCAACGCCUGGGGCCCCGCACGCCGCGUGUGGCGCUGCUGUCCCUGCACGCCGCCGGCACCGGCCUCACCCUCACAGCCGCCACGGUGGUUGUGUUUGUGGAGCUGGACCAGAGCCCCUCGUUGCUGGUGCAGGCGGAGGACCGCGCGCACCGCGUGGGGCAGGCGGCGCACGUGCACGUCUACUACCUCAUGGCCAAAGGCACGCUGGACGAGCAGAUUUGGGCCAUGUUGGAGCGAAAGCGCUUCGUGUGCGGGGCGGCGCUGGACGGCCCUGGGCCCGCAGCAGCAGUGGCUGCCGCCCCCGCGGGGGCGGCCGCCGCUGCCUAUGACACUGCGCCUGUGGGCACGACGGGCGGCGCCGGCAGCAGCGGCGGUGCCGGCGGUGCCGGUGGAGGCGGAUUCGGCGCAGCUGAGGGGGGCGGCGGCGCUGUGGGGGUCGAAGGGGAGGUGGAUCUGGAUCUGGAGGGCCUGGAUGAGCAGCUGUUCGAAUCCGCGAGCCAGCCGCAGGAGCAGCUGUGGGGAGGCAGCGCCGGCGCUGGCUCUGGUGCGGGUGCGGGUGGCGGCGGUAGCGCCGGUAGCGGUAGUCAGCUGUACGGGUACGGCGUCCCGCGAUCGGCUGGGUCGGGAUAUGGCACCCCCGCCGGCGUCGUCGCUGGUGGGGCGGCGGCAGCAGGCGGCACCCAAGCGGGCGGCACGCAGGGCGCCGGCGGCGGCAGCAGCGGCGGCGCUGGCGGCCGCGGCGUUGCGGCGGCGGGUGGCUCGCACUCGGACGCAGUCGUCGCCAUGCGCCGCAACCUGUUCUGGGACAGUGACGAAGACGGCGACAACGGUGGUGGCGGCGGUGGCGGCGGCGGGCGGGGAACGCCGACUGUGCAGCGCGGCGGCGGCAGCGGUGGCGGCGGCAUCCACACACCGCCCACGCAGCCGCCGCCUGCCGAUGGCCACUAUGGUAGUGGCUGGGCUGGAAGCGGCGGCGGCGGCGGCGGCGGCGGUUACGGGAGCGGCAGCGGCCCGGGUGACAGCACCGGCCGCCCUGGCUCGCAGCUGGGAUCAGGUCUGGGCGGCUCGGGUCGGGCGGGUAGUGCUGGGGCGGCGGCGGUGGCGGCCGCGGCGGCGGCGGCGGCAGGUCAGGCAGCCGCAGCAGCAGGCGGGGAUGUGGAGAUGGUGGGCGACGUCGAGCUGGUUGGAGCAGGCGGAGGCUCGGGCGGGGGCGGGGGCGGGGGCAGAGGUGGGACUCAGAACAGCAGCAGCCACGUCCACAGCCACCCCGCCGACACCCACACCCGCGCCAACGCGGCUGCGUCAUGGGGCGGUAGGGAAGCGAGCGGCGGCGGCAGGGGCGGCAGUUGGGAGCAAGGGACGGUCGGGGUGGGAGGAGGCGGGGGCAGUGAGCUGCGACGGCGAGAGCGGCGCGAAACCCCGCCCUACCCGCAAACCCAGGUCCUUGCGGGCCAGCAGCAAGUGCAGCAGCAGCAGCAGCCGGGCUCGCAGCCGCAGGGCGGCAGUAGCGGCAGCGGCAGGCGGGGCGGGGGCGGCGGCGGCGGGAGCGCGAGUGUGGUGGUUGACUUGACGCAGGCCGAUGAUGAUGACGGCGGUGGCAGUGGGGGUGGAGGUCAGCAGGCGGCAAAGCGGCGCAAGGCGGAGAAGGUCGAGAUUGUAAUUGACUGAGGGCGUCUGGCCGUAGGCUGGACGACCGUUAUGGACCCUGAGCCCUGCCAACGGCGCAGGUUGGCAAACCACUUGAGACUAAAUUUGUCAAGUCUCAGGCGGGCGGGGCUCAGGCAAUGGCUCAGACAUUGGCGUUGCAACGUUUGUAGCUAAUCUCUUCUCCGGGGUGCGGGUAUCGUCGCGCUGCUACACGCAAGGAUGUUGCGUCGGAUGUUGCGUCGGAUGGCUUGGCAGUGUUGUUGUGCUGAAGCGUGCAGGAGGUUGGGGCUGCGCCCAUGUGUAAAUUAGGCUUUUGUUUAAUAGCCUUGAUGGUGGGCGAGCGCAGGCUGUCUUGCGCAGACGAAGAGGACUGGACCGCCGCGUGAGGCAUGCAAGUGCAACGCAUGCGGGGUGGGCUGCAGGGGGUGUUUGUCGGAUCGGCAUUUUCAAAAUCGUCGCACAACUGACACCUGGCCACUGUAAUUACAGUAUCGC